AUUAGUUUUCAGUGACGUUUGUUCUUUAUUUACAAUCAUUUUCUUUAACAAUAUUUUUUUUCCAACUUUCUUAUCGAUAUUAAGUCACAAAGUAAAUUAAACGCCACCAUGUCGAUUGACUAGCUCAAGAUCGGGUUAAUUCAUCGAAAUCUCUUUAUACAGUGUCUUUUUUCCAGUAAGUUCUACGUAAACAAUUAAAAAAUCCCCCUUUAUCUGAAUGAAAUGGAGGAAAUAUCAGCUCCGCAACAUGCCAUUCAAAUUGCCUUUUAUACCUUACGAGACAGAUGCAGAAAUUUACAGCAACGCGUCGUCCUGUUAGGAGAGGAGAAUGUAAAUUUAAGGAUACAAUGUAGCAGACACGAAGAAUCAAAGAAUUCCUUUAACGAAUUGGAUUACUUACGAGCACAAGUGGCUGAAUUAUCUGAACAAAAAGGACAGUUACAAAACAAGGUGAAUCUAGUAACCAAGGAAAACCAGGACCUGUGGGGCAAACUUGGACAAUUAACUAGGGUAAACAGAUCGUUAGGAACUCAACUGACAAAAAUAAAUGAUACAAUUUCACAGCACUCAGUUAACCCGAAUAGCCCCGUUAAUCAGUCCAAUUUGAUUCGGUCAAAAACAUUCACCAAAAACGAACUUCAAACGAAAGUUUUACAGAAAAAGUUAGAGGAAAAUGAUAAGAUUAGUUUGGAGCUAGAGGACAUAUCUCUAAAACUAUCGGACAGUUUUACAAGACAGAAACACGAGAUUGAUCUUUUAUGUUCAGAAAUAACUGAGAUGACAUUCACUUGUGAUGGUAUGAAUACAGAAAGUUGUGCGUUUUUAUUGGAUGAAGAACUAGAGGACAAUGUUCUUGGAGAAAUUCAAACAUUUGCUAGCGAUUUCAAGAUUUUAAGAGACGUAGUAGUACAGCAACAAACAAUAUUAAUAGAGAGUUUAAAAAAUUUGGAUAGGCUAAAAGAAAAACUAAAACAGAAUAAUUCACAAAACAGCCAACCCAAACUAGAAAAAAGUACUUCCACUGUUGAUUUGCAACCGAAAAGUUUUGAAGACAAAUGUACAGAGACAGAUAUUGAAAAAAAUCGGUUGCAAGGUAGCCCAUCCAAGAGAAACAAAGAUCUCAAGCAGUGUAGUGAAACAAUAUGUCCAAUUUGUUCAAAAAUAUUUGAGGACACUGUUGAUUUCUCGGUUUUUCAAAAACAUGUAGAAGAUCAUUUUUCACUGGAUUCUUAUGAAAUGUUAUAGCAAUAGGCUAAAUUAUAUUAUAUUUUGUAUAUAUCUUUAGUUAAAUUUAGGUAUUGUAAUGGUGACACAACUAUGAUUUAUUUAUAUAUUGAACUAGUAAUUGACGAUAGACUGUUUGACAUGUAUAAAAAUUAACAUAAUUUAUUUUAGAAUUAUUUUUUGUUGGUGCAAUGUAUGAGAUUCAAGUUGAUCUUUCUAUAUUCUUAUUUAAAAAAUGUUUAUUU